GGUGGCGGCGGCGGCGGCGGCGAGGAGGGGGGUAAAAACCUCAACCCCCCGCCCAGCACCUUCGCUCCGGAGCAACAUUCGGGUUCCCCCGCCGCCGUCAACGGGGCGCAACCCGCUUUCGCUCCCAACAGCGCCGGUCGCGGCGCCGGCACCCCCGAAACCAACAGCCUCCCACCGCCGCCUCCCGGCAAGGCGGCCGGCGGUUCGGGUCACCAACCGCCGCCGGGGUUGGUGUACCCCUGCGGGGCUUGCCGUAACGAGGUAAACGACGACCAGGACGCCAUUUUAUGCGAAGCCUCCUGUCAGAAGUGGUUCCACCGGGAAUGCACGGGGAUGACGGAGAACGCCUACGGGCUGCUGACCACCGAGGCCUCCGCCGUCUGGGCCUGCGACUUCUGCCUGAAGACGAAGGAGAUCCAGUCCGUUUACGUCCGCGAGGGCAUGGGACAACUGGUGGCCGCCAACGACGGCUGA